AUGUUCGAAGAACGAUCGGCAAGGAUUAAUAACGUCCUUGUCGCGUUCGAAAAAGUUCGUCGAGAAGAACAGUCCAAGUCGUUUCGGACCCACAUGCGUAAAGUGUGCAAGGCCAACGAGGCGGACGAAAAACAAAAUGGCGAGUUCCGUCGAAAGAGGGAAAAGUUUGAAGAAGUUAUUAGGGUGAUUUUACGGGGAGGAGGUUAUGUCCCCUUCGAAUGUCCAGAUGGCGGGAUUGAUAUAGUCGUUAUACAUAAUUGUAUAACUUACGCCAUCCAAUGCAAGGACCAUGAACAUACACUUGGGGUCCAAUACGUCCGGGAAUUAAAGGGGACACUUUCCGAUUGCUCACCAGGUACUGUAGGUAUCUUAGUGGGUAAUCGGUUCUCUCUGUGGGCCCGUAUGUGGGCUAGAUUAUCGAGAACAAGAUCACCUACCAAAGUGCAAGUAAAAUCCAGAGGAAAAAGACUCAUUACAGACGUACACAAAGUCUUUGGAAAUGACCAGCACGCAAAGGGCCAAGUAACAGAGUUGAGCAGUCAUAGACAUCACAAAGUAGAAAUAAUACUACAAAAAACCAGGCGCCUUUAUACAGAAUUUCACUAUCCUCAAGAGAAAUACAAAAUUCUCAUCUUUCCUGAUUACAAGACACACUCGACAUAUCCAGAUUUAACAUUAAUUGAUGAAGACGCCGCACAAAACAUGGGCUAA